GGCGGGGGCGCGGCUAGCGCCGGAAGCCCGCAGCGCUCGGCGUGCGCGGUCGGGCGCGGAGGAAGUGUGUUCCCGGCGGCGCGCCGUCCUGCCAGCCGCCGCCAUCUUGUGCGGAAGGCGGCGGAGCUGCCCUGCGCUGCGCGGAGGAGCGGCGGUGGUCGCGCCCCCCCCCCGGCCCCCGGAGCCCGCCCGGUGCCCGCCGUCCCGCUGCCGCGGCGCCAUGUCUGCCGAGAGCCCCGAGCCCGCCUCGGCCGAGGAGCAGAAGGAAAUGGAGGAUAAGGUGAUCAGCCCAGAAAAAGCUGAAGAAGCAAAAUUGAAAGCAAGAUAUCCUCAUCUGGGCCAGAAGCCAGGAGGCUCAGACUUCUUGAGGAAGAGGCUUCAAAAAGGACAAAAAUACUUUGAUUCUGGUGACUACAACAUGGCUAAGGCAAAGAUGAAGAAUAAACAACUGCCUACUGCGGCUCCUGACAAGACAGAAGUCACUGGUGACCAUAUUCCUACUCCACAGGAUCUCCCACAGCGGAAACCAUCUCUUGUUGCUAGCAAGCUGGCUGGCUGACGAGAACAGCUGAACUGCAUGAUAAUUCUCAUUCCUGUUAUUUCUCCUUAAUAGUUAUUUCUCACCCUCACAUCCCCCUUUUUCUUUCUUACACUAAGUCAUGAGACUGACAGCUUUGCAGGUAGCGAUAGCAUGUGCUGCUAUUGUAAGGGAGUACUGUUAAGAGUAAAACAUGUAGUAUUUGGACUAGUUGAGAACAAUGCACUGAUUAAAAAAGGACAAGUUUGGUUAGAGUAAUGUAAUCUACUUGAAAAUGUACAUAUUGCCCAUUUCCUAGUGUAGGACUGGUUCCAGCAAGUGACAUCGCAAGUUUUACAACUUUUAAUGUUUCUGCUUUUGUUAUUUCACCUUAAUUACAGCAUAUUUGUAUUUAAUAUAACCUCCAGUUGUGUUGGUUUUUUUUCUGUGUUUGGGUUUGUUGUCUAAAAUAGAGGUUUAGACCACAAGUUGCUAGAUGGUAAAGCAUGUAUAAAAACAAAGACAGGGCUCUGAUUGAAUUUUGUUUCUGCUCUUGAACUUGAACGGCCUUAAACCUGUUUCAGCUUUAACAAUAGAGUUUUUACUUGGGCAAUAUUUGCCCAUUCUGGUGUAACUCUUGUGAACCUAGUGCUUAUUGACAACUGCCUGUUGAAGCUGGUAUCCUUUUCAGUUCCGUAGCUUAGAACACACUUUUGUUGAAGAUGUGAAUGAAGUGUGCAUGUGCAUAGACUGUUGAAUUCACUCUUGUGCCAUUUUUGUAAAUACAAUAGUUUUGCACAA